UCUAUCUAUCUAUCGAUCUAUCUAUCUAUCUAUCUAUCUAUCUAUCUAUCCAGUUGAACAUAUAUAAAGUGGAAAGCCAGCUGAUGUGUGGUGGUAGUUAGCAAGGAUACGCGACCUUGAACGCCGACAGCAUCAUCAACAUAACAGUAACAGCUGUGGUUACACAUCAGCAGCAAAUAGUAGCGGCAGCAGCGACGACGAUCAGCAUUAUUAAUAUCUGGAGGGAGAAGACCGUCCAGGCAGUGUUAAAAGGAAGAGAAACUGGAAGCAGCAACCAUUCGGCAUCGCAACAUUGUUUUCAUUCAGUAGUUUCUUCGACGUCUCUAUUCAAGUAACAAUAUAUCCAACCAACCUGAUAACUAAAUUGACCACGGCUACAUUCGGCUACAAACUACCACUUCAAAACUGUCGUCGCCUAUUUAGCAUCGGUGAAGCACCAUUCAUAUAAAUUUCUCUAUCGUCAAAGCGAAAUUCCAGCGGCAAUCAUGAACAAGGUGGCUGUUAUUGGUCUCGGUGCUUCGGGUCUGUGUGCUCUCCGGCAUUUGACAGCAAGACCGAACGUUUUCCAAGCCGUUGCUUUUGAGCAGAAUUCCCAAGUUGGCGGCACAUGGCUUUAUACUCCACGAAUUCACAAGCAUGAAAACGGUGUCCGCGUCCAUUCUAGUAUGUACCAAAAUCUCAAAACCAAUUUACCCAAGGAGGUGAUGGCAUUUCCUGACUUCCAGUUCUCACAGAAUCUGCCUUCUUUUAUCCAUCACACCAAUGUCAAAGACUAUCUCAUUGAUUAUGCAAAUAAUUUUGGCCUUUAUGCUCACAGCAAGUUAAAGACGCAAAUUGAAAGAGUUGAAAUGAUUACAACAAACACUGGCUCUAUAAAAUGGUGCGUCACAUACAAAAACGUCGGAGACUCGUCUGCACCUUCUACAUCUGAAAACUAUGAUUCUGUCGUAGUUUGCAAUGGACAUUAUUCUAUACCAAAUAUUCCUGAAAUACCGGGACUCAAGCAGUUUCAAGGGUCUUUCUUACACAGUCAUGAUUAUAGGGUCCCUGAAGUUUUCAAGGGGAAGACAGUUCUUUGUCUUGGAAGUGGAGCUUCUGGUAUUGAUAUAGCAAUGGACCUCACCAGUCAAGCAAAAAAGGUAUUUCUCAGCCAUCAUGGUAAGCGAAUAACGAGCCCAUUGCCAGAAAACCUUGAAGAAACUGUUGAAAUAAAAAGUUUUUCUGAAAAUUUUGUGAAUCUCAAAGAUGGCCGGGAUUUAGAAGUUGACACAGUAAUUUUCUGUACCGGAUACAAAUAUGAUUUUCCUUUCCUCACUAAAAAAUGUAACCUGAAUAUAACUGAUGGACGAGUUUACCCACUGUUUAAACAUAUCGUUCAUGCCAAAUAUCCCUCACUCAAUUUCAUUGGUGUCACAAAGAAAGUUUGUCCUUUUCCAACAUUCCAUUGUCAAGUGCAGUUUAUGAUGGCCAAUUUGGAUGGUUCAAUGAAACUACCUUCUUAUGAAGAAAUGCUUCAAGACAUAGAGAAAGAUUAUGAGUCAAGACGGAAUGAGGGGAUGCCACAUCGACAUACACAUACAAUGGUUGGUCGAAAACAAUGGGAUUACAACGAUGACAUCACUUCAAUGGCUGAGACGAUUCCAAUUUCAAAACAAGUGAGAGAUUUGUUUGACAAAAUUCACUACACCAGGAUUAAUAAUCUUUUGGAGUAUAAGAAAUACAACUAUUACUUGAAGAAUGACAACUAUGUAGGAGUGCAGAACUAGACUGUGUGGCCAGUUUUAGUCACAACAAAAGAGAAGAAACUCGGAAGAAUGUCUCAACGUUACCCCUUCCUUUGCUUUCGUUUCAAUUUGGGCAAAACUUUCAAUAUUAUUUACUCUUUCAUUUCUAUCUCCUCUAUUCCACUGUAGCUUGCAGCAACUCAAACUUGAAUAUUAAGAGAUUAAUAAUUUUAAUCACAAUAUCCACAUAUUUGAUGAUUAAAUUUCACUGAGUAUCUAUGAAUAAGCAUGUCUUUUGGAAACUAACUUUAUUAAGCAACAUCUUGCAAAACCUCCAUUAACAUUAUUAACACUCAUCUUGGAAAACAUCUUUGAAUAUUUUUCUUCUUCAUUGGCAGUUUGUUAUAUUUAUGCAGUCAGAAUAAGGAACAAAUUUCUCUUUCAUUCAAGUUUACUGAAAGUGUGCUUACUGAUUUUUAAAAAAUCUUCUUAACAUAAUUCGAGAAAAAUAAAACUGCCUUCAUUUUACUGUUGCCCUUUUUGCGGUCAGAUAUGGAGAAAGCUGAAGGGUAAACUGUGUGUGGUUUCUGGCUGUAUACCAACACAUAUCUCUUUCCUUGAUUCAGGUAAAAAAGUCAAUAUGAAUAAAUGUGGUAAAGUGUAGAGAAGUAGGCUCUCUCGAGGACCUUGGUAGAGUUAAGCCCUCAGGGACCUAAGUCUGUCAUCUGACAACGGUCCUUUUAUUUCAUGCAGACCACUAAAGCUAAACUUAAUCCUUCUCCUUUAGGAAUAUUAAACAGGGGUUCAUUUCUUACAAAUCCUCAUAAAUUCAAUCAUAUAUCAUUCUUUAACAAGAAUAGUAUUGACAGUAACAUCAAAGUUUUGGCCAGUUGAGCCAUCAUCAGAAGCAGGAGAGGAACUUCAAAGACAGUGUCGAUAUUAUUCUUAUUAAGGAAUAAUAAAUUUGUAUUCUGCCAAAUGUAUUGAGUAAUCUUUCAGUUUAAGACUUGGAUGUGGCCCUUAGAGUGUAAGGCAUUAAGGGCCAAAUUACUUGGCUGGGUGGGGUUCCUUUUCUGAAGACCAUCUGUUGUUUAGUUCUCUUGAGGAUCUCUUACCACUAUGUGCGUGUGUGUGUGCAUGUCCCCAGAAUACAUUAGCAUUACUGGUGAUAUAAAUACAGCUCUGGGCUUGCCAAAAUCAGUAGAGCACCAGACAAAAUUUUUUGUGGUAUUAAUUUAUAUUUCUUUACAUUCUGACUUCAAAAUCUCCUGGAACCAACUUCAUAUUUUCAAACAUCUUAUUUCAUGGAUAAACAUUCACUAUCAUUUCAACUUUUACUAUUUUCCCCAAAAAUAAAAAUAUUACUUAAAGUGAA